AUGGCGGCCCCCCGCGGGCCUCCCAGCCCCAUGCAGUCUCUCCGGGAGGAGGCCGUGUGCUCCAUCUGCCUGGAUUACUUCCAGGACCCCGUGUCCAUCGCCUGCGGGCACAACUUCUGCCGCGAGUGCGUGACCCAGCUGUGGGGCAUUGACGAGGAGCCGGAGCGCGGGGUGGCGGGCGAGCACAUGGUGCGGGAGGUCUUGUACCGCUGGGCUCGGGAGGAGACGACGCCCCCGCGCCGGGCCCACGCCCCGCCCUGGGUCCCCGGCGGCCACGGGUACCCUCCGAGCCCCUCGGGCCCCGUGGAGCCGGGCUGGGAUGCCGUGGAGGCCUGGAACGGGGCGCUGGUCCAGGACCUGCGGAUCCGGGUGUUUCCCAACGAGCGGGAGGCGCUUUUCCACAACGGCCACCACUACCACCACUUCGGCCGCUACCGCCACCGCCACAUCUUCCGGCGCGGGCCCCCGCACCCCCGGGUGCGCCGGCAGCUCUACCCGAAUACCCGGCCCCGCUCCCCGCCCCGCACCCCGCCCCGCACCCCGCCGCGGCCCCACAUCCCGCAGGUCUUCAGCUGCCCGCAGUGCAGGAGGAUUUUUCCCAGCCGCAGCUACCGCCCCAAUUUGCAGCUGGCCAACAUGGUCCACAUCAUCCGCCAGAUUAGCCGCACCCCGUGA